GCCAUAUUAGCAUUGUGGGAUAAAAAUGUGAUAUCUAGCAUUACUCUAUAAUUAAAUAAUCAUUGUGCAUUUUAAAAUUCGUGUCUCUCUCUCCUUGCUAGAAUAGAAAUUCUAAGCGUGUUCUGGUUUAGUUUCGUUUUGCACAAAACACAUAUCAUUAUAUCUAAGAGGAGUAUUUGUUGUAACCUAGUACACACCAAUUGAUCAAAAUUGGUAGGGACAAAUAACUUCUUAAAGAAAACGAUUAUGUAAUGCAUCUCAGGAGCAUUUAAUUUUUUUGUUUUAGAUUUAUGCACAAACAUAAUGAUGGGUCAGCCAGGGAGUUCAAGUAGAUCUAAUGGAAACCCAUCACAACAUUCUCAUCAAUUAGAUAACAAAACAGAAAAGACAAAAAAUCCAGGUAGGUGGAGUUAUUUUUAAUUUCAAAUUGCUGCCUGAUGAUAACAUUUAUAAUCAGUAAUUGAAAAGUCGUUCGGUCACAGUUGGUCAUGUUCACAGCUUAUGUUCAUACACAUUAGGUAUCUACAUUCUAGAGGGCGGCGUUAGAAAAUGAACACAUAAAAUUUUCUUUAGUUCACAUUAAUAAUUCAACUUUGUUAAUAAUUACACGUCUAAAACUUUACGCAAAGGCAACAAAUGAGAGCCUCAACUACAACAUUUCGGAUGCAUAUUAAGUUUUAUAUGACUAAUUGCCAAGUCAGAGUUAUGUGGUAGCUGCCAUUAGCUACUCCAAUAUGACUACUAGCCUAGUCAAAGUUAUAUGAUACCUUAAUUGUCCGCACACCACGGUGAUGGGUUUUGAGAACAAUGACAAAAUAGCUUGGGUGGAAAGAAUUAUGCAAAUUGAUAAACGGGACGUUGGAGUAGCUCUAUCUGUCAUAUCAUCAAACACAUCAGCUGCAACUUUCUUGGCAUCAGUCUCUUUAACGCUCUGCUCUCUCAUUGGUGCUUGGAUUGCAAACUCCUCCAAAGAAUUUCUGCAGAGUGAAUUAAUCUACGGAGACACAAGGCCAUCCACCAUGUCUAUCAAGUACAUAAGCCUCCUAACCUGCUUCCUCCUCGCUUUUUCAUGCUUUGUUCAGUCAGCAAGGAGCUUCGUCCAUGCAAACUAUCUGAUAAGCACCCCAGAUAGCAACAUACCUGCGCAGAAUGUGGAAGUGGCAGUUAUAAGGGGUGGUGAUUUUUGGUCACUCGGGCUUAGAGCACUUUAUUUUGCUCUGGAUUUGCUGCUAUGGUUUUUUGGGCCGAUACCCAUGUUUGUUUCCUCCAUUGUUAUGGUUAUAGUCUUCCAUUAUCUUGACACAAACACAACUCUGUUGCAUCAGCAUAGGUCCCCAGGGAACAAGAUGGUCAAAAGUGUGGCUGACUGAAUAUCCAUGGCAUUCGUGGCCCUUUACCAUCAUGGUGUGUAAUGCCAAAUUAUGCUUGUGCAUAAUAUGAACCAAAUUCUUGAUUGGUAAAUGCAAAUUGUUUUUUUUUCUUUGACUUUUUUGUAAUUAAAGAGAAAAUCCUCAUCUUAACUUGUUUUCCUGCUACAUAUGAACAAUACUAUGUCUCACCCUCGGUUGUUAUCUUGGUUUUGAUUUGACUGU